UUAUUUUAUUCAUUAUUACAAAGACAGCAAUAAGCGUAAUAUAGUUUAAGCAUCUAGGUGAUAUUUGCGUAACGUAAAAAUAUUAUCAAAUUAUUUUGUCUUAUACAGUUUUCGACGUUUGUUUAAAUAAAAAAACGGCGAGUUUUCUUUUAGUUCCUUUGGUUUUGGUUCAUAGAAGGACGUAAUCGAAAUGAAGAAAAUUGUGAUUUUUGGAUCUACCGGCAUGACCGGCCUUUGCGCUGUUGAAGCAGCUUUAAAAAAAGGUCUUCAGGUACGUGCAUUUCUUCGUGACCCAGAAAGAUUGACGGAGAAUCUCAAAGACAAAGUAGAGAUCUUCAAAGGCGAUGUCCUUGAACCAGAUUCCGUCGCGAACGCAGUAGAGGGCACUGACGGUGUUGUUGUCGCUUUGGGCACCCGCAGCUGUCUCGACCCCACCUCAGACCUUUCUGAAGGUCUGAAGAACAUUCUAGAAGCUAUGAGGGCUAAGAAUGUGAAGACGAUUAGUACUUGCCUUUCUGCUUUUCUAUUCUACGAGCCGGAUAAAGUACCACAGAAGUUCCAACAUUUGACCGAUGAUCAUAGAAGAAUGUAUGAAGCAUUGAAAGAGACAUCGAUGAAUUGGGUCGCCGUUUUCCCGCCACAUAUAUCAGAGGAACCAAGCUGUGAGACAAUUAUUCAGGUGAAUCCUCAAAAAUCACCAGGCAGGGCCAUCUCAAAAUGGAACCUCGGAGAAUUUUUGGUGAACGCACUCACAGAACCAAAGUACUACGGAAAUGUUGUUAGCCUAUGUGAUGCUCCUAAGCAGUAAUAAUUAUUUUUAAAUAUAUGUUUGGCGGCGGUUGAAUGCCUACUGUCAGUCAAAUGUAGAAAAAAAAUGUCAGAAAAAGUAUGACAUAUAUAUUUUAUGGCGGGAAAUAUUGGUGUUCGUAAAGGUUAUGAAAUAGAAGACAUCGAACUAUUUAAUCGGGACUUUCCCACUGUUUUUGUGCAGAUUUUUUUGUGGAAACUCACGGUAAAACAACUUCAUGCAUUUUUUUGUGUCACCAGUGCAAUAGCUUUGGUCUUGUUUAGGGACUUUGAAUAUUUUAACUGCAGUUUAUUUCAAAUACGUUUUUUAAACAGUUGUGUUUUAUGUUACUAGAUAAGUUUUUAGAUUAAUUUAGUUUUCAGUAUUUUUAUUUACGGUUGUACGAUAAAAUAGUUACUAUAUUUUUUUCUUUAAAUAAAAUGAUGGUCAAACGUCAGUGUAAGGUUGUAACUGUAAAGUAGAACCAAAGGUUGUGACGGUAUUUAACAAAUUUUAAAUCCGGGUUAACACUACGUCAGAACGUCAGAUUUGCCGGACAGAGAAAAGUGCCGGAAGAGCUAGUGGCUGUACAAUUUAUAUGAUGCUAUAUACUUUAUCCCUAAGUACUCGAGCUAUGGUGUUAUGUCUUAUUUUAUAUUUCGCCUAUCUAUAGUUUAGUUUAUAUCAAUGUACAUUUAGAUAAACUUGAGAAAAACCGUAGAUACGAUAAGAUUUGCAUGUAUCUCUAUUUCUUAUCGUUUCGAAUAUCAAAGUCCCGUGCGGCCAAAUCUAAUAACACGAUGGAUAGAUUUUGCACGAGCUAAGAAUUUGUAUAACGCAAUAAAAAUUAUUUGUACAAUGAAAAUGUUUUAU